UCCGUGUGAUGGCUCAGAACCACAUGGACAUACUGAUGCCUAAACUCCAUGAUAUCUGCCUUGCCAUUAUAAAUGAGGUGAAGAACCUGCGCUCUGCAGUGUCCUGUGCUGCCAUGGCCACACUGGGUGACAUGUACGUCCACCUCCAGAGGGCCAUGGACAGUGAGGUGGAGGGGACGGCACGCGUGCUGCUGCACAAAGCCAGCGAGGCCAACGCCUUCAUCCGGCAGGGCGCCAACUUUGCCCUGGGUCACAUGGUGCAGAGCUGCACCCCUACACGUGUCAUGAAUGCCCUGCUGGUCGGUGGGCUGAGCCACCGUAACGCUGCGGUGAGGAGCUGCACUGCUCAGCACCUGGAGAGACUGGCUGAGGUCAUGGGGACGGCUCAUCUCCUGUCGGGGAAGAAAGACCUCACUGACCGUUUCUUGAUUGCCGUCAGUAAACUGGCUGUGGACCCUUCACAGGAAGUCAGGUGGGAAGUUCCUCCUGUAAAGUAGCUUGCUUCAACAUAACAGUUAAGGCCGGGAUUCAAUCCAUGGCUCGCUAUAG